CUUCCUCUCUUCUUCUAUCACGCUAGCCAGCCAUCUCAAAGAGACGACACACAGAGCAAACACAGAGCGCCCCCGUUUACACCGUUCGUAAGUUCUCCCCGAAUCUUUUCUAUUUCCCCUGGAUCCGAAUUCAUCUGUUCAAUCGUCAGCGAGGGUUCUCGAUCCGAUCCGAACCCAGGAAAGGCAGCCAUGACUAGGCGCUGCUCCCACUGCAGCCACAAUGGCCACAACUCCAGGACUUGCCCCAACCGCGGGGUCAAGCUGUUCGGGGUCCGAUUGACCGACGGCUCGAUCCGGAAGAGUGCCAGUAUGGGCAAUUUGAGCCAUUACACUGGCUCGGCUAAUCCCGGCGGCGGUGGCGGUACGAACAUUUCCGGGCUGAACCCGCCCGGAUCGCCCGGCGGCGAUGACCACGAUCACGGCGGCGCCGGUGAUGGGUAUGCUUCUGAGGAUUUCGUUGCUGGGUCGUCCUCUAGCCGCGAAAGGAAGAAAGGUGUUCCAUGGACUGAAGAGGAGCAUAGAAUGUUUCUAUUAGGCUUGCAGAAGCUAGGGAAAGGUGAUUGGCGUGGAAUUGCACGAAAUUAUGUUAUAUCAAGGACUCCCACUCAGGUGGCCAGUCAUGCUCAGAAGUAUUUCAUUAGGCAAAGUAAUGUAUCAAGGAGGAAAAGGCGUUCCAGCCUUUUCGAUAUAGUUGCAGAUGAUGUGGCUGCUGAUACAGAGAUGACAACUCAGGAGUUCUUGCCUAUCAGCAAUCCUGAUGCUGAAACCCAGGAGGAUGACGAUGUAGUCCCUGCUUUGCCUCCUCCCUCAGUGGAUGAAGAAUGUGAAUCAAUGGAGUCGUCCAACUCCAACGAGGGUGACAGCAGUAGCUCUCUCCCUCCGAAGCCUGAUCCCCUGCAACAGCAGCAGCAGCAGCAGCAGCAUCAGCAUCAGCAUCAGCAUCAGCAGCCACCUGUAUACCCAGUUGUGUACCCUACAUACUUCUCCCCGUUCAUCCCAUUCUCUCUCCCAUUUUGGCCGACUGGCUACAGUGCACUACCAGAGCAGCCGACAAAGGAGGGGACCCACGAGAUUCUGAAGCCAACUGCUUUACAUACCAAAAACCCGAUCAAUGUCGACGAGCUCGUUGGCAUGUCGAAGCUGAGCCUAGGAGAGUCGAUGGGUAGUUCAGGGUCCUCUUCACUGUCAGUAAAACUGCUCGAGGGGUCAUCGUCAGGGCAAUCUGCCUUCCACGCCAAUCCAACAGCUAAUAACUCGAGCAGCAACCCUCUGAUACAUGCUGUAUGAUGGGAGGCUUCUGGCAAGUGACUGUAUAGAGAAGAAGGUAGUAGACUCGUGAUGUGCAGACUGGUUUUUGGUGUUGUUUAGUGAUUAUAUUGGUUUGUGGAGUGAUCUUUAAUAAGACUGUUGGGUUAAGUUAGGGUUUGACUGGUGUCUGAGUUGGUAGGUUCUUUGUAGUUUUUGUAGCAUUUGUGUUGGUGUAGAUGCUAGAGAAAUUAUUUGAAUCUUUGACCUCUCAGUUAGUUCUGUCGCUUAUGGUUUUCUGUCACCUUCUUGCACUUGCCUUUGAUCUUCAAUACCCGAUUCAGACAGAAUCCUGAUAGGGGGAUUCAGUAAGUAGAGGUUUUAGAAAGUUACUCUCACCUGGUCAUCUAUAGAUAAAGAUACGAUUCUUCAAAAAUGUCAUCUUAUCAUUAGACCUUACUUUUAUGUG